GACACAUGUUGCCACUAAACUAUCAAAUGGUUGUUGAAAACUACGGAGUCAAAAUCUAUCUUUACUUUUAAAAACAACACUUGAAACAACGUUUGCACAAUCGCUUUUUUCAAAUUUUUAUGUGAUUUCACUCUUGUUUUACAGGACGGGCAAAGUUAUCGGAAAAACUUAAAAUCGAAAACUUUGCAGUCUCCUUUCAUGUUUAAUUAUUUUUUAUUUCCGAAAAGAAAUUGGUUUCCAAAAAAUGAGCUUUUUAUAAAUCAAAAUCUGGAAAUGAAAAUGCGAAACACAACCUUAAGGUGAUUUCUUACAAAAACAGUUUCUUCAUCAUAAAUAAACUGUUGUAAUUUUGUGACACUAUGUCUUUUUUAUUCAUAAUUUUAUCGACAAUUAUUCAGUUUUUAAUAUUUACCCAUCGAAUCUCAAGUUCUGCAGUCGAAGAUAUUUGGGACACCUCGGUAAACUUCUCCGAUGCUCAGACUGUUGUGAACACACUGGCCGGAAAAUUAGAAGAUACUUUUGGGGAUGUUUCUGUGCUCUAUAAGGAGAAAAUGUUCGACGCAGGAUUACUGACGGCGACGAACAUCGAUCAGUUAGUGUCUAAUUUGGAUAUGUCUCAAAUCAGAGACUUGGUGAGAGAGAGGAUGAGACAGUCGGAGGAUGCGGCAAGUAAUGUCAGAUAUGCAGCCGAACUUCUCAACACCCCAUCUAGUGCUCAGACAUACCUAAGAGACGCCGACUGCAAUAUGAUAAAUGAGACAGAAUUGCUGGAUGAGUACACACGCACUCUCUUUGUAAGUAGAGAUGGAGGGGUCCCCUUCGAGGUAGUGGACGAGGACACAGAGCAGAGAUACACGACCUCCAACACAAUCAACACCCAACUGUCACAGGUGGUGACGCCAGUUUAUAUCUAUGACUGCAGUCAGGAGACUAAGAUGGAUAUCCUGUGGACGGAGGCACUGCAAUCCGUGUUUGAGCAGAACAGAGACAGUUUCACAAAAAUAGGCCACCAGUACUUGGGUGCUGCAACAGGAGUGCUCAGACUGUUCCCAGCCACAAAUUUUUCGAUGAAUCUUCCGUACGACCAGAGGAUGCAGCCCUACUACACGCAGAGUGCCACUUUACCCAAACUGGUGGUGAUAGCACUCGAUUCCAGUGGCAGUGUCAAUGGCGACGUCACUAGCCUCAUGCAGAACACACUUGAUACGAUCAUGGAUCUACUUACUGACAGUGACAUGGUGUCGGUGUUCUUCUUCAAGGACGACCACGUGUACCUGUUACCCAUUGCAGAGGAACUCAACCAGCACUGUGGGGAAGGAGGAAGUGAGUCUGCCACUGAUCAGCAGCAGACAUGGUUCGUCCCCGCCACAUACAAAUUCAAACAGGCGUUCAAGAAUGCAGUGUACCGGCACGUCAACUUCAACGCAACUGCCGACUUCUCCAUCUCCUUCGACGAGGCAGGCAAGAUUUUCGACCAGGUGGGGGACAUUGAAUACUGCACUAAACUGGUCAUCCUCAUCUCGGAUGGGGGCAAAGGGGCGGCCACUGAAGCCGGUGGCAGUCUCACUACACUCAUGAAGGCCAAUCCGGACAUGCAUCUGAUCAUCUUCCUGAUAGGACCGGACGUGUUCGAUACCAAGAACGAUGACAUGCCUGUGCUGGCGUGUGCGGCCAACGGCUUCUUCUAUCGGGUGGCUCACGAGGCAUCCAUUCGAUACACGAUCGCACAGAUGCUCAUGUUCCUCUCUCGGCAACUUAGUCUAGGUCAAUUCCGACUGCCCUCAUGGUCGAGUCUACAUAUACAGCCAUGGGUGUCAGACUUUAGUCCAGUGAUCUCAGUCACAUUCCCAGUGUACCGCUCCUUUGGCAACACAGACAAUAACGAGUUCCUGGGAGUGGUAGGGGUCGACUUCGAACCACUCAAGAUCCUAAAAGAUAUUGGGGCAACUUGGUCCCAAGAGAACGGCAACAUUCUCCUCGUGAACAACAAAGGAACGGUCGUUUUCGACCUAACAAUUGGACAAUUAGCAGACAUAUUCACGGCCAACAACGAAGUACUGGAGCUUUCACAGGUGAGCCUGAUUGAGAUGUGCACUGAGCUGGCAGAGAACACUUCUCAAUUCGACACUCUAAAUCAGAACGUGAUUUUGGGCGAUGACGAGGGACAAAGCCUCACAAUUGAUGCGGAUUAUGACAACUUACCAGGUCUGCAAUACUUGCGAGCCAUCGAAGAGGUGCGAUACACAUGGCAGAAGUUAGAAGCGAGUAACAACACUCAGGACUUCAAUCUAGUGCAGAGACUAGUAGUGGGGUCAGGAGGUCAAGAUCGAUGGAGAAUUGACGGCCAGCUGGGAUCUGAGGUCAAUGACACGGAUGUUACUGAGUUUGAGAGGAUUAAAACGAAUGCCAAGAAGAUGUUCGACCUCGACUUUGAUCCCCAGAUCUACAACGAGAGUGUUCACAACUUUCUGGGACUGGCAUUUGCGUCUGAGAUCUACUGUCCUGGAUUGAACGUCGGAACCAAUCGCUUCACAGGAGCUGAAAUGCAAGAAUUCCUCGAUGGAGUCCUAAAACACGCGGACUUCCCGCUGGUCCCAGGCUGCAUGAACAAUCCUCGAUACUGGCAUCUCAUAUAUGAUCUACAUUUUCUUUACGAGUACAUUACAGAGGAAGGAAGCUGGAUCAAAAAUGAGCCUGCACAGGCGACCUUCAUCAAAUUUCAGUCUGGUCUGUUUGCCUACAGAACCCACUUGGAUCACAGUUCUAGUCUGGGUCUCCAGAGUACCUGGGAGACUCUUAGGAACAGCGAGGCAUCAAUCAACACCGCUACUAUCUUUUCUGACCAAACACUGAAAGCACAGCUCCGAGUUGGUUUCAAUUACGGCGACGAGAGAGAUGUGACUGCUGCGUGCUACCGCAGCAGAAACACACACUGGGUCAUCAACCCAUUGACAUACCAAUUCCCAGUUCUGGUGACGCAACCUCUUCUCUCGACGACCAAUGACGCUCAAGCGCCACUUGUUCCUUUUGCAGUAGCCGGUUUUAUAGAGACCCAAGUACUCAUAGAAACCGACCUCAAGAAAUCGUUCCCGGAUUGUUUCCAAGAAAACAACGCUCUUUGGUGCUAUUUUAUAGACGACGGGGGAUUUAUAGUUUUCAACUCUCAAGGCCACAAACUAGUUGAAGACUUGCAAACGAUGUUUCCAGUUGGAAUAAGUCUCUAUUCGAAAGAUCCCUGCCUCAUGAAUCAACUAGUUCGAGACGGCAUUUUCAAACAAUUCCGAACUAGCCAUGAAACAUGUACUUGCGACGUGGAUCAGCUUUUAUUCAGAUCUGAUUCCUCAAGUAUUACUCAUCUAUUUCACGUGGCAAUGUCAGCUUUCGCAAACAUUAUCAACAUGAUGCAGUUGGUGUCUCUAUCAAUGAUUCGAAGUUCAUUUUAUGAUAUCAUCCAAUUGUUGUUUCAUCCGAAAAUCGUCGAAACUCUCGAAUUAGGAUUGAACAACGUCAUUUUAUGUGAACAAACGGUGAUCAAAUAUACUUUCGGCGAAACUGAAGAAAUCAAUGAGAACAUGACUAUUUGCACUUCAACGUGCACAUGCAAUGAGGUAGAACCUUAUUUCGCCAAAAGAAUUGCAAACACUAAUUUAUUACUGGUUAGCGUCCGAAAUAGUUUCGGACGUCUUUGCAAAUCUUGCUCUGUGACUGAAAAACGGAUUUCAGCAAGAGAUGGAACCAAACUAUUCGAAGAAUAUUCGCAGGACUCUCUUUCUGAUAAAGAUAAUCCUGUUUCGGAAUUCAAGGUCAACACUUGCAAUUACUCUCCCCGGGUCCAGCAAAGUCAAACACGGGGCUGUGUUGAAACCUGGAGCCAGGAGCGAUUACUUUUCACUGUGUGUGACUUUUGUACAGCAAAAAUGAUAUCACCAGCUUUCAUUCUGUGCAUGAUUAUAAGCUCUCUUAUAGGUAAAAAAUCGUUUCUAAAUCACGCAUAAACAUGGUGAUGGAUAUUUAUGAUUAGCUGGGGUCUCUGACAA